GACACCAUCGGCACACAUAUUCCACAAGAUUCUGUUAUUCGCUUGUGUAAUUAACGGAUGCGGUGUCAACUAGUAAAAAUGCAAUACCAUCCCAAGUCGAAUAAACUUUGAUAUUGCCCAAAUAAGCGAAUGUGGUACAGAUUGUGAAAGUAGCGUGCAACGCUGCCGACUACUUUAACUAGUAAAAGUUACUGCUCCGUCGUCGGCCUUUCUGAGAGCAUCCCGCGCAAUCAAAAAUCUGGGCAUGAUUUCAACGCGCCAGUGCAGCAUUUGAAUUGCAGAGCGCACGAGUCCGAGCCACCAGCUGGAUCCCCAGGAGCCACAGACCAGGAUCGAGACCAGGACGGCAGAAAAGCCCGAGGAGCCGCAGGAGUUGCCCGAGUUCCACAGGCAUAACCUUAAAAGGCACGUGCAUCGCGCGUAGAAGAGUUCUCUGCGUGCCACCACACAGCCAAUCGGUUGCUCUCCCAAAAAACAAACACGCAAUACCAAAUUCCCGAAGACGAAGACAUGGCCACCCUCCUCAGCAACGGACAGCAGUCGUUGAUGGCCAGCGCCAGUAAUGGUCAGGAGCAGCAACAGCAACAACAGCAGCAGCAGCGGCAGGACGAACCGGAGCAGCAGCACGUCGAGAUCAGAAAGUCGAGCUCACCGAAACCAGGCGCCAUGCCCAGCUUGAAGCUGAACAGGAUGGGUUCAGUGUCACCGAAAGAUAAACGAGUCUACAAAAUCGUCCUCACUGGCGGGCCUUGCGGCGGAAAGACGACGGGACAGUCCCGCUUGUGCACUUUCUUCGAAAACCUUGGAUGGAAGGUAUUCCGCGUGCCUGAAACGGCCACUGUUUUACUCAGUGGCGGUGUGAAGUUCUCCGAUCUGACCGAGAAAGAGGACCCGCCCACGCCAACCACGUUCGUUUACAAAGAUCUGCCCUUCGCCGCUCCGGAGCACAGUCUCAUCGAUCUAACAGCAUCCUGUCCGCGCUGCUUGGCCAAAGCUGCAUCCCGGCCCAAUGGCAGCGAAGCCUACAAGUUCCAGGAGAAUCUUAUCCGCACCAUGGUCCAAAUUGAGAACACCUACUUUGAGCUGGGCAACUCGAGCACCCGCAACUGUCUGAUUAUCUGCGAUCGCGGCGUUAUGGAUGCCAGUGCAUACAUAUCCAAGGAUAAAUGGGAAAAAAUGAUGGCGGGCAACAAUUGGAAUCCCGUGGAGAUGCGCGACAAUCGCUACAACCAAAUCCUGCACUUGGUUUCGGCUGCCAACGGCGCCGAGGACUUCUACUCCACAGAGGACCAUGCCUGCCGCUCGGAGGGCGUUGAUUUGGCCCGGGAACUGGACUACAAGUCCGCGGCCGCCUGGGUGGGCCAUCCCUACUUCGAUGUGAUCGACAACUCCACCAACUUCGAGACCAAGAUGAAUCGGAUGAUUGAGUCGGUGUGCCAGAAACUGGGCAUUGAUAUUGGCGACCGUUUGCAGGCCACGUCGCGCAAGCUGAAAUAUUUGGUGGCCAUUCUGCCGCCGGACAGCGAGUUUCCGCCCUUCCAGGACUUCGAUGUCGUACAUCAUUAUCUGCAGUCCGCCGGACCCAAGGUGCAGGCUCGCCUUCGCAAGCGUGGGCAGAAGAACCACUGGAGCUACAUCCACACGCAGCGGCGUCCAAACGUUCACGGGCAGGCCCGCAUUGAGGUGAAGACCCAGCUGACGCAUCGUGACUACAUGAACUUGCUGGCCCAGCGCGACGAUGCUCACUUCACCAUCUACAAGAAGCGCCGCUGCUUCCUCAUCAACAACCAAUAUUUUCAGCUUGAUAUUUAUAAGGAGCCAGGCCACCCACGCUGCAAGGGAUUGGUGCUUUUGGAGACGUAUUCGUCGCUCACCGGCGAUGCCCUAAAGAACUGCAUGCCCAAGUUCCUGAACAUUGUAAAGGAGGUGACCGGCGAUCCGGACUACUCCAUGUUUAAUCUAUCCCUGAAGGAGGAUUGGAGCACCACCAAGAAGUUUUGCCGAUCGGCGACGCACGUUAAGGGCGCCGCUAAUGGAGUCUCGAGCACGCCGCUGCUCCUCAAUGGUCAGUAGGCUUCCGAACUGUCCCUGAAUCUCUUUUGCACACGCAUAUUACACGGCAAAAGCAAGUUAUAAGAACCAAUGACCUGGCAAUAAAAUGUACAAAACAAAAAAAAAUUCUUAAAACCGGAACGGAUGUCGUUCCAAGCCAACAAGCAAUCAGUGCUCUGGCCCCCCAAAACUCCCCCCCUAAAACGUCCACAUACCCUGUUACUUAUUUGCGUACUUAACCGCAGGAGGAUGAAGGAAGCGUAAACUCUAGAGGCGUAUGUGUCGAGUCUAUAGUUUGUAGUUUAAUCGCAACCGGAGGUUGGGAGCCCACACGUACUUAAAUUUUCUUGUCAUGUUUGCUCGUGUUAAUUUUGUAAGCCAUACCACUAGUAACUAUGUAAAUCCAUGGAUCCGCGAUAUCAUGUGACAUUUUUGUGUCUUUUGGAAAAUUUGUGAACCAAUCAUUUUAACUCUUAAGCUAAAUGAAAAUAAGAUUACAACUACAAGACCACCAAA